AGUGAGUCCAGUAGAAGACUUCUUGUCAGUUGACUGCUGCCACUUUUCUGUGCAGAAUAGCGUUUCGUUUUCUCUCCUCACUGUGACGUCACAGAAUGCUGACUCCUCAUUGGCUCAGGUGGAGUAUUAUAAAAAGAGCCUCGACAGUUCCUGGUUCAUUUUUCCUGUUUGCGAGUCAAGCGAGUGUUCGUCACUUUUGUCUUUCUCUGCGGGAUUAAAAGUGGCAAACAUCUUUUUGUUUCGCGCUGACAUCAUGAACUUGUUUUUAUUCUUUCUUCUGGUCGUGCAAAUGCACAGCGUGACGCCUGUGAUUCACACGCUGCAGUAUUUCCAAACUGCGUCCUCUCAAGUUCCAAACUUCCCAGAGUAUGUGAUUGUUGGUUAUGUUGAUGGAGUUCAGAUUUCUCACUAUGACAGCAACAGCAGGAAAGCAGAAGCCAAACAGGACUGGAUGAACAAAAUCACAGCAGAGGAUCCAAAAUACUGGCAGAGACAAACAGAGAUCAGUGUUGGUAAUGAGUUGAGGGCUAAACACAACCUUGAAGUUCGUAAGAAGCGUUUCAACCAAACUGGAGGUGUUCACAUUCUCCAGUGGAUGUCUGGAUGUGAAUGGAAUGAUGAGACUGAUGAAGUUAAAGGUUGGGAACAGGAAGGUUAUGAUGGAGAAGAUUACAUAUCGUUGGACAUGAAGACAUGGACAUUUACUGCAGCAAAACAACAAGCUUUCCCCGACAAACUCAAGUGGGACCAGAACAAACAUCUACUAGAAUACAGGAAGUUUUACUUCACUGAGGAAUGUCCUUCUUACUUGAAGAAGCAUGUGAACAAUGGGAAGGAGGUCCUAAUGAGAACAGAGCUUCCAGAGGUGUUCCUGCUCCAGAAGACGCCGUCCUCUCCGGUCAGCUGCAUGGCGACAGGUUUCUACCCCGACGGUGCCGACCUGUUUUGGAGGAAAGACGGCGAGCAGAUCUUCGAGGACGUGGAGCACGGAGAGAUACUCCCCAACCACGACGGAACCUUCCAGAUGUCGGUGGCGCUGAAAGUGGAGGUGACGGCCGACGUGGAGGGCAAGUACGAAUGUGUGUUUCAGCUGUCAGGCGUCAAGGAGGACUUGGUCACCAAGCUGGAGAGAAGAAGCAUCCUGAGCAACGCAAGCCAUGAAGACAACUUGAGCGUCGCCCUCGCUGCCACGGCGGCGGUCCUCGCUGUGGCGGCCAUCAUCAUCAUCAUCAUCAUCAUGGUCAUGGUCAGGCGUCACAGAAACAGACAAGGUGAGGGACGCCAAUGUCCUCUGUCUUCUUCUUCUCGGUGCACUCGGUCCAGGCCGUGAGUUGAUGCUUUCAUCCGGGCUGCAAAGGUGCGGCCAUCUUUUAGUUGCCUUCCAGCCAAACACUCAAAGAUCCACAGAGACAGAGCGCACACUCUCACGUAGAAACACGGCGUGACGUGAGGGGAAAAGUCCACUUCACCUUGUUUCUCUUUCAUUUCAGCCCAGUACGAUCCAGCUGGUAAGUAAAACAUCUUUUCUUUGAGCCGCAAGAAACAAAGCCGUGGUGAAGCGUCACUCACAUGGAGGUCUGAUGUGGACCUUUGUUACAAGUUUAGCCGGAAAAGCCCAACUGGAGCUGACUCCUUCACAAUAAAAGUCCCUCCUGUGAGCACACGCAAUACAAAGUCUGGCAUAUCUCACUUUUGACAGGAGUCCUCAUGAUGAGGAUCAGCCAAAUGAGACAUCAAGUGUGCUGACUCGUCAUGUUUCCAAGUCACACCUCAAAGAUCUGAUGUGAGUGACGAGGCACCUACUGGAUGUUCUUCCUUCACCGUUUGCGUUUGUCCCGCAGCUCGCCACGGCGGCGUGGAGCUCGACGAGAACGUGCAGGCGGCUGAAGGCUGAGUAAGCUCACAUGGACUGUCUGCACCUCCAAAUGUUCUUGUGUGAAGAUGAUGUUCAACUUGGAUUCACCUGCUUCUGUCGGGAAUGUGCUGAGUGGUCUUCUUCCUCCAGGAUGCUUUGUGCACUGGAACACAGGGAGAUGUCUCCAUCGCUGAGGGACGUCAUCACACUCGGAGAUGAGAUGGAGAUGUGCUUUGUUCUUCGUCCGACUGCUCCUCACGCUAUUCCAUGUAUUCUUCUUUGGCCGUUAAAAGACUUUCAAGAUCAAACGUUGGUGGCUGUAAAAUCGCACGUUUCAUGGCCUUGACGUCAUGACGAGGAUUUCUUCUUUUCUUUCAAUGGCCGCUGCUUAUGAUCAAUAUCACAUUGUGUCACAUCUCUGUCAAUAAAUCCGUUUUUUCUCCA